AUGCAGAGUCAACUUGUGUGCGCUGGAUGUAGAAACCUCCUACUAUAUCCUCGAGGGUCUGCGAACGUCUGCUGUGCAGUAUGCAGCACAAUAACCCCAGUCCCAACUCCAGGUCUGCCUCAUAUUUACUGUAGAUCCUUCUUUUCUUGUUUUGCGAUAGAAUUAAUGUCUUCUAUUCUUUCUAGCAUAGCAUUCAAAUAUGCAUUUCCUUGGACACUUGUUUCCGUUGGUCUAGUGAUAGCAUUAAAAAAACAAUAACUAGAAUUAUUUUUCACAAAGGAGAGGAGAAAAUUUCCAAGCCCAAUUAGCAUGGAUAUGAUGAGUCCCAAUCAAGAUCAAGCUAUAUUUAAAAUAUAAUAUUAGGCAAACUGGUGUAUGCUUGUAAGAACUAGAAAGAGAUGGAGGAAUGAGUGAUCUAGUUUCUCUUAUCAGCUGUCACCAUUAUAUACCAUUUGGUCCUUUAAUAGAUUACUUUCAAAAGAAAGGUUCUAGAGUUGAGACUUGAAAAAUUAGUGUAGCCUUGUUGAUUUAGCUGUGGAAAAGGCCUCCAUGAAAUGCUGAUGAAGCUUUUGUUGUCACUAGAUCUGUAGGGCGGAAAUUGAUGAAUGUUUAGUGGCCUUUAUAUAUUGCGUUAGAGAUGCUAAGAUAAGAGCAAAGCUAUAUCAUCUUGAUGGCCCUAGUUGGGUCUCUAAAAAUACAGGCGGGGUGGAAUUGUAUUCAUUUAUAGGAUUGGUUCCAUGACAAAUAAUACAGGUAAACCACACGUACUCAACACAAUAAAUUUUAUUGUCGUUUCUCUAACUGAUGAACUAUAAUCCCCAGCCUUCCCUUGUUUCACUAGGUUAGCCCCUACCUUAUCAUUACAAGCUCGCUUUCCAAGAUGCCAAAUAUUCUUUUUACAGCACCUCAAGCCUUGUGUAAUCGCAAGAUGUUCAAAUACAACUGAAAAAUAAGCAAAUCAACUUAAAAACCCUUCAAUGUGAAUAAGACAGCCUGAGAAAGUGAUAAAAAAAAUAAAUUCAAUUGCUUCAGAAAAGUAUGGUGGUGAAUUAUAGUUCUCAAGUGAUGAACUACGAUUUCAAUAAAUAUUCAAUGUUUACAAACUUAGCAUUUUUAUUUAAAAUAGUCUCCCUCUUUUUAUGAACCGAAAAGGUAAAUCAUUUCAAAUAAGGAAUAACAUUAUCCUCUGCUUAGAUAUCCUUUUUUAUGAAAUGGAAGAAAUAAGUUUCUUAAUUUUGGUUGCAAUGAAUCAUGAAAUCUCCCCUUAAUAAAUGACAAUAUGAAUCUUUAACAACACCCAGGGAUAUUAAAGAAGGGAUUCACUCAGUUAAAGAGAGAAAAGGAAAGGAGACAAAAGAGGGCGGGUCGAAACCCCUAGUGUUCGAGGAGUUAUAGAGCUCCUCACUCUCCUGGUGGCUAACCCUAAUCUAUCAGGGGCCCCUUUCUCUUUCCAACAGACCCCAUCUUAUACAUGAGAUACCUCCUGAACCUUCUCUAAUGGUUCACAAUUGGACCAGCCCACUGUGGGGUCUUGGCCCUGGGCCCUCUUUCUCUUGUGGGAAUAAGUUAGGCCCAAGGGCCUAACAGAAUCAUGCGAAUAAUUGUCAGCCAAGAUAAAAUAUUUUGGGUUCAUGGAACAAUCAUGGUAAUCAAUGGACAACUAUAUCAUAUUUAAAAACCUCUAAUCAAUGCAUGUUAAACAAACGAAACUAUGACCCUGCCAUGCCUACUCGUUAAAGUUAAACCUUAUUUGUCUACUUAGCUCUACAAUUCCUUAGAAUUUUUAUUUCGGAAUACAAAUCUGUUUCGGUUUAUUGGAAGUUACAAAAUCUUCAAGUUGAUCUUUUGGAACCCAAACUGUAGUAUUUUCUUCUCACGUCUAUUAUGACCUUUCCUUAUGUAAUAUUUUCAUGCAAUGCAUGAGAUAGAAUACCAAUGGCGCUUAGCAGAGGAGGCUUUUGAAAUAGAUUAGUUUUACAUGAGAUGAAAUACAUUUCUUGAACAUGAAGUUUGGUGCACGAAAGUUUUCUUUCAUACAAAUUCAAUGAUGAUUUUUACGCUUUAAUUUAACAUUAUCUCUGCUAUCAACCAUAUUAUGUGGUAUGAUAUGAAGAUCAUCCUUUUAAUUCAUUUCUCAAAGAUGCUAACUUAUUUUAUAGAUAUUUUCUUUCCUUCAAGUUAUCUAUAUUGUUACUUCAUGUGCUUUUCUCAAAUCAUGAUUUUCAUUUUUCAACUAAUUAUCUUAUUUUUUUAAAAAAUUAUUUAUUUUUUGCUUGAAUUUCAAUUGAAAUAGAAAUAGAUCCUUUUUAUGAUUUAAAUAUUCUCUGUAAUUUUUCUAACUCGAUGAACAGUUCUUCAAAUAGAUCUUUUAAUUCAUCAUAUGAAAAUGAGCUUCGAGAUUGAGGACAUACCUCUUCAAUGCUUUCCUCUUGUGCCAUCAAACUUAAGUUGGAGUCAUGAACUUCGAAUGUUGACCUUGUUCCAUGUUGAUUUCUGACUUAUUCGAAAUCCCCUUCAUGAUUUAACGUGUUGAAACAGGGUUAUCAAGUUCGACAUCGGGAGAAGGAUAUAUAUAAUCUUUGCUGCCUAAGCAUUUACUGUUGAAUUUUUUUCUUGGAUUCCUUUUUUCUAGAAAAACCGUGACCAUCUACCACAACUUACAAUACCUAGCUUGAGCGAAAAUUUGUAUUUCUUUUUUCCAAUGACUCUGCUUUGAUCCAUCAAAGAUUGGUGGUCUGUAAAUAGAGUUCCCCAUGACCAAAGCCAAUCUGAUAAGUCCAACCAUGAAUCUAAACUAGAGGUUUUUAUACCUCUUCACACUAACAAGGACCUGACACCAAAUGAAGGAUCACGGGCUGUAUAUUCUCACGUAAAUGAUUUCGGCAUUUUAAGUAAUGCAUCUUCAUUUACCUAAAUUGUGUUUCUUCCGUCUUGAGGAGAUGAGUUUCACCUUGAGUAUUAAAGCGAAAAUACCGAAACUAUUUAUAUCUCAUUUAGGAAUGGAGAUGGCUCAACUGGUUUGUGGAGGCUGCAGAACGCCUCUUAUGUAUGCUCGUGGUGCUGCAAAUGUGAGAUGUGCUUGCUGCAACACGAUUAAUCUUGCACGAGCAGGUAUUUGCGUUUCAGUUCUUAAUGCUUAUUUAUUGAUGCGCUUAUCAGUUAUAGCACUGCUCCAAUUGCAUUUAUUUCAUAUCGACAGGCAAAUGCUAUUUAUUUGUAUCUAUUUGUUAGGUUCUUCAAGCCUUUUUUCCUCUCUAAUCGUCACUAUUUAAAGAUCCAAAUUUGUAUCAUACGAUGUUCCCCUUGCUUAUGAUAGCUGAAAGUUGAAUUGUUGCCCAGCACAAUUCAAGCCUGACUUGUAUUUGUUUAGGACAUUUCUAGUGUCACUCAGUUGGCAGACUUGAUUGUGUUGUGCCUCUAUAGAUCUCUUGAUAAGUUACGAAUGGAUCUCUGAUUAUUUUUUUGACCAAUUGCUUUUAAAUAUGUUGUUUUUUCCAUUCAAGGUGUUCUUCUCUUCGGUAUACUUGGUGUGAUAAUGCCGCUUGAAAAGAAUCACUGAAGGUUUUUUAUCAAACAUGAAAUGUGAUAAUUUCCUUCACAUCUUCUAUCUAAUUAAGUGCAAGAGGAUGGGUGAUUAAAUAAGGAAUUACCUUUUCUAAGUUCACCCUAUCUUUUCUUAGUCAAUCAUGAUGGUGUCAUCACUAGUAAAAGGAAAGAGACAGAAGAGAAAAAGUGAUAAAAGUUUAAAUGCCUACUAUUGGUGAUAGAGAGUAAUACAGACCAAAUUAAUAUUUAUUAUUUUAAGAAAUGGGAAAGCCUUAAUACUCAAAGCAAACGGAGACCUAGAUGAAGCCAAUUGGGUCAUAAUUGACACCCUCGAGCUCUAAAUUGUGUUUUGCUUCGCUUGCCAAUAUUUUCUAUGAGAAUAGUGAUAGUUAGCUGAGUAACCUUUUGAACAACCUUAAUAAGAAUUUUCAGUAUUUUUAAAUGAAAAAAUUAUGUUAAUUAGUUUUUGUAUAGAAUGGAUUACCAAGAAAAUCUAUCAUUGAAGAAGGAAUACUGCUUUAGGUCUAUGCUUUGAUGAACAAAGCAUUAACUAUUUUUAUUGUAAUGUAUUGAAAUCGAAAUGGAAAGAGAAAUGAGCAUGAUUCUGAACUUUUCGAGAGGAAAGAUAAGACAAUGUCAUUGUUUUAUGGUCCUUGGACUAGAUGUGGUAGUGUCCAUGUCAGUACCAUUUUGUAGGUCUGCUUGCAGUGGAAGGGGGGAAAGGUGAACCACAAAGCUAUGGAACAUCCCAUAGCUCUAAUUUCCGUGAGGAUUAUUUCACUGUUGAUUUCUCGUUGUCCCCGUGUACCUUUGAAUUUUUGGCAUGAUUGAAAAAAGUUGCCAGUGAUUACCUCUACUCCCACUAUUUCCCUCUAUUGUUUUGAUACUUUGCUUUAGAUGGGAUUGGUGUUGCAUUUUGCUCCAUCCAAUAUGGUAAUGAUAUGGCCUUCUUAUAGUGGUAUUGUGUUCACAUGGCCGUUUCCAAGGUUCAGGAGCAUUUAUCAGUAAAGACUGAGUAGUUUCUCGUCAUAUUCCCUGAUUUCAGUUUACAAUAUCAUUGAUUACGUUACGAAAAGAAACGAUUUUAUCUUAAAAAGAUGGGCCAAAAAAAAGGCCACACGCACUUUCUGCAUCCAAAAUUCUUUGCCUGGGCUUCUGACUGCGCUUUUUUGGUGCAGAGACGCCCAACCAAAUGGCUCAUGUGAACUGCGGUCGGUGCCACACUACAUUAGUGUACCCAUUUGGCGCCCCAUCCGUUAGGUGUGCUGUUUGCCACUUUGUCACCGACGUUGGGGUGAGCCGUAUUUACCUUUUUCAGAUUCUUUGACCAUCAUUUAUAAGUCUUUUUUUCCUCUCUCUUUUUUCAACCUCAAUGAACUCGCGCUUCCUCUACAGUUGAACAGCAUGAGGGUGCCCAUCCCCAUGCAGAGGUCCAAUGGAUCGAUACCGACCUCUGCAUCUACGUCAGCUGUAUGUUCCUAAAUCAAUGGGGUCAUCAAUUUCUGGGUUCCUUUCCUUUUCAGUUAUGUUGAGAUUCUGAAUCUCCAACUGUCCAUAAUUACUAAUCUUCUGUCCCUCAUCAUCUGUUUUGUUUGUUCUUGGCAGCCAUUGCCACAGGCCCACGGCCAAACAGUGGUCGUUGAGAACCCAAUGUCAGUUGACGAGACCGGCAAACUGGUGAGUCUCUCUUAGCUGUUUUGCUUCUGGGGUAUAUUGAACAAUUAACUAAAAGAUACUGCCAACCGAGAGACUAAACGUUCCCACUCCCCCCACCCCCCUUGCUCUUUUGCUCUGUGCAGGUGAGCAAUGUCGUGGUUGGAGUUACUACAGAGAAAAAGUGA